AUCAACCAACACUAACAUACUACAGAACUACACUCUCCAAACAACUAGUCAACUACUGUUCUUUUUUACCUUAAUCGCGAAAACUCGAAAUGGUAAAAAAAUCACCGGAAUAUCAAGAAACCAAACACGAAAGUUCGAUAAAAUACACCGGUGUUCGGAAGCGAAAGUGGGGGAAAUGGGUGUCCGAAGUCCGCCUUCCGAAUAGCCGCGAACGUAUUUGGUUAGGUUCAUAUGAUUCACCCGAAAAGGCUGCGCGCGCAUUUGAUGCCGCACAAUAUUGCCUACGAGGUAAAUCAGCCAACUUUAAUUUUCCUGACAAUCCCCCAAAUAUUCCUGGGAGAUUGUCAAUGACACCAGCAGAAAUUCAAGCUGCUGCUUCGAAGUUCGCAAACUUAUCUUUUAGUGAUGUUAGAAAUGAUCAUUGGAUGGUCACGGAAGUAUUGGAAGAUCAUCAUCAUCAACAAGAGUCUUUGUCUUAUUCGUCGUCGUCGAUUUCCGACGAAACGACGGUUCAAGACUUUCAAGUAGUGAAUAGUUUUCAGGUGGUAGAAGGAGAGGUAGAAACUUCUUUUCAUGAGCAGUUGAAUUUGUGUACAGCGCUUGGUUCAGGUCCAUUGAUUAAACAUAUCUCUUCAUUUCUCAAAUGGACCAAGAAUGCCCCAAAAUCUACCCAAUCAGCGGUUUUAGUUGAAGUUUUGUGUUCGUCCUCUGGUUUCUCCGGUGGUGGCGCAGUGGUAUAGCCUCGCCGGCGUUUGUCGUGUCUGAUCCCCCACCCAUGUUCGUCCUCCUUCCAUGUUUGUCGUCCUUUUUCCAUCUCAUAUUGAGUCUUCUUUAAGACAUCCAACCUAUCCUUCUGCAAGUUUACGAUAGACAGGACUUGUAAUAGCUUGGUUUUGUUUCAUAGUGUCUGUAAAAGUAAAUGUAGCUCCUUUAGUUUUUUUUGCUUGUUGUAUAUGUGGUUGUAUUAACAUUAGGUUGUACUUCCUUUUUUAAAUUAAUGCACGUUUUCUCGUUGUUAAAAAAAAAAGAACUUAGUGAUGUUGAAUUCAUGUUUUGGACAUUU